GAAUAAAAGUAAAGGUGUCUCUUGUUUUAAUGUAGUAAAUCAUAACUUUAAUAUUGUCAGCAGCGCAGCUGGGUGUGCUUGAGGUACAUAUAUUUUCUGCGAAAACCAAGGCCACUAAAUAUAUGUAAACAUUAGCACUUAGCUGUAUUUCCUUCUUUUUUUAGCAACGUACAGUGAAUUAGUUGGACGAACCGUCACCACCACGUUUGGAGGAGUCAGGUUGUUUCAAGGUUCUAAAGCGGUGCGUUGUUGCGUUACCUGUGGACAGAGAGAUCGUCUUGACCAACUCCUUAUGCCCGAAGACUCGAGCAGCGAUGAAGAAUGGUUAAUGUCUACAAAAAGGCAGCCAGGUGCACACACAGAGGCCAAAUGUUGGGAAUGUGGCAAAACAUUCCGUAGCUCAAAAAACUCAAAGCCAACUUCCACAUCUGCAAGAUAAUUUUUUGUGACACCGGACAUCACUUGCCACACAUCUGGAUAAUGCAGACUUGCCGUCCCUCUGCAAAAAGUGCCAUCACUAGCAUUCUUUCAUUCACGUGUGGGAAUUCAACAAGCAUGCAGAGAUACAUUGCAGUGACUCGGCGCCAUUUAAAGAAGCUCCCUCUCUGAUUCUGCCGGUCCGAAAAUCUCUUCUGAUGAGGUGACUGUUCAACAAAGCACAAAUUCAGUACCACGUUUCUCAGUGUCAGAGUUGAGGCAUCGUCAAAGAAUUGAGAUGAAACCCGAGACGGCCAGAAACAGUGUAGAGUACAUAGUGGGCGAAGAUGAUAAAGACAUUGUAAUGGGAAGUGGCUGUGGUAAGGAAGAGGAUUCAUUAAGCUCUGAGUCCGAUGAUGACGAUAGAACAAUCUCCAAACUUACAAACUUGUCUCCGGAUGAUCCGGAAUCCGAUGGUGGCUCAAACUCAAGUUCAACUGAUUGUUCCAGUGAAACUUCAUAUAAUCUGCACUCUAAAGAAACUGUGGCACCCCCUCCUAGUGGUAAUAGUGCAAUAUGUGGUGCGUGUGGUAGAGGGCCCUUUAGGUCAAUGAAGCUCCAUUUGCUGCACUGUAGUGGUGUAAGAGUAAAAUAUCAGUGUUCACUGUGCAAGAAGCUCUUUCUAACUGAGAAUGCUCUCAGUGAGCACUACAUGCCUUUGUAUUCCUGUGAUGUCUGUGGCCAGGUUUUCUCCAACGAGAGCUCGUACCAUCACCACCAGUGUCCCAAGGGAAGCAAAUCACCACUGGUCCUCUUUUGCUCAGAGACAAUGCCUAAAGCGUGCAACAUAUGCAAAUCCUUUUUUACUUCUGAUAAAACUCUGCUAAAUCAUGUCACCAGAGAGCACGCGUCAGUGGUCAGCACCAAAAUAUGUAUUAUCACCAAUCCAUCAGCGUUGACCGAUCAGAAUGCUUCACCGUGUGUAAGUGGCACAGAUGACCGGUCAGCCGACUGCCGCAGUCCACAUGUAGUCAACCAGGUCACUAAUGGAAAGCUCCAUGUUGUGAAAUCUACUCCUGCCUCUCUCUCGACCUACUCCUUCGGCCCGGGCAGACUUCCUGCCCCGUUGUGCAUUGCGUCUGCUGCGGCACCUGUCGGACUGGGGAAAGACGGUGCCCAAAGUGAGCUGAGCCACCAUCCUCCAAGCCGUCUUUCUGCACCUUUAUUUGUUACCCCUGGUGCGACUGACACAACUCCUGCCACCGCGGCCCCUGACACCGUCUGCCCACCACUGCCCACCGUUAUCGCCAUGUUUGAGAACGAUAGCCAAGAUGUGGCUUUGACGAAACGUAUGAACACAGGCUGGCGUGCCAAGGUCCCUUACACCUGCAGGCAGUGCGGUGCCAUUUUGCGGCAGCCCUCCUUCAUCAUCAGCCACCGCUACCUCCACCGAGGCCACCGCUCCCACCGGUGCCAGUGUGGCCGAGCUUUUAAGCACCGGCUGCACCUGUUAAGACAUUGUGUUCAGCAUGCCGAGGCCAUAAGCUAUAUCUGCGUCAGCUGCGGGGAGACUUUCAUAGGAGCGAGACUCUUAGCUGAGCACAUGAAGACCAAGUCACAGAAAAAGUCCCCUCACUGUGGACGUACAAGGAGACGUAAAGUUAAAAGAAAGUGCAGGAUGCCCUUCACAUGUGACUGUGGUCAACUGUUUUUAAGGCCCUCUGCUUUCAUAUGGCACCAACUUCAAAACUGGACAAAAACUAAACAAUUGAAGAAGCGCUCGAACUGACAAAGCAUCAAUCAACACGUGGAUAAUUUAUUAUUAGUUUUUAGGUACCUUUCUCCAACUUUGUGCAUUGAAUCAAAAGGGAUCUUUCUCAAGUCAUGUGUUUGUCAACAUUUUGUUUAUUUUGUGUUUUACCAAGUGACAAAAUCAAAGCAAAAUCACAGACACAUUAGUUCUGAAUGACUCUUAAUCAUAAGCAUGUUCUGGAUGGUUGUUUUCACCAUGUGCAAAUGAUACAUAGUAAACGGUUAGAAUAAGUCCCUCAUAAGUUCCGAUGACAACUCACUGGAGUACAAAUUAACCCACAAGGAACCUUUUUUCAGUAUUUUGAUUAAGUUUGCAUUACAACUCCAGUUUAUCUUCCAGAGGAAGAGUUAGUCCAGUUUUGCUAAUUUUUCUCACAAAGUGCAUUUUAACAGUGAGGUUUGUAUGGGUUUUUUCUUUUUCUUAGUCCUCAAUUGCUCUAUUUUUCACACACAUGUUCCUCUGAGACAUUGGUAUUGAGGUUAAAAAAUAGUAUCAACACUUUUUUAUGAUUAUUAUACGUAUAAUAUUUAUGAGUUUAAUAAAAAACUGUCCUCAA